AAAGUCACCUCUCAACUUCCUUGUCAUGCUGGCAGAGAUCUUGAGCAAAUCAUGUCAGAGCAAUGCUACAGUUACAUUUGUGUGAAUGUUAUGACCUCUGAUUUUGAGGAAACCCGGAAAUUGGUGAAAAUGCUGGAAGAGAGUAAUCUUUCCAUUCUAUAUCCUGUUGUUGUUGUUUCAGUACAUUUUCUUGAUUAUAAAUCAGUACCUUUUGAUCAGAAAAUGGAAAACCUAAUGCAGAUUAGGGAAUAUGCAAAGGAAGUGAAAAAAAGAAAUAUUUUAUUAUGUGGCCUUCUUAUAUGUUAUCCACAGGAUGAGCAGAAGCUACAGGAAAGUUUAAGGCAAGGUGCCACGAUUAUCGCUGCCUUAAUCAAAGAAAGAAAUUCUGGACUUGUUGGUCAGCUGCUGAUAGCAUGAAGAACACAGAGAUAAUUACUUACUGAAUUUUAGAAACAUAUAUCUGGGUGUCUCUGAUGUGCUCCUCUCCCUAUUAUAUGUGAUAGCAUGUUUAUGUCUUUUAUGUCUCAUACUUGGUACGAUGUGAUGUUUGGGUUAAAAAAGUGAAUCCCUGUUUAUAUCUGUGAAGUAAAAAUAUACUUUUGUGCAUGUCAAAUAUAAAUUGUUUGAAUCAGAUAAGAGGCAAAUGGAAAGUAAUUGCCUUCACAUAAUCUUUGCACAAAGGCAUAAAAGAUUGAAUAGAAAUAAUGAUGGAUGAGCUUAUCAUCCUAGAAAUGAGAAUUCAGAAAACAACUAUGAUCUUAUUUUUGUGUUAAUUAGUAGAUGACAUUGUCUUGAAACUAAUAGAUAAGAUUUAGGAUUAUCUUAAUACUAAAAUUGUCCUCUUAGCAUGUGAUAUUUUGACCUGUAUUCUAAUUUUCCACACCUUAAAAAAUAAAGAGGAGAUAAUAGGGAACUCUGGUUGAGAUAUUUUCACCGUUGGGCUCACGUUACUCUAGGUCUGUAAAGAAGAUGUAAUUCUUUCCUAUUUUCCAUUUUAAAACAGUAUGUUUUCCUUGACUUAUGAAAAAUAAUUUUGACUUACUCUCAGUGGUCUCUGACUUUUCUGAAUUUGUUGAAAAGACUGGAAAUCCUCAUAAAAGUGAAAUUAUUUUGGUCAAUCCUAGGUUAGUCUUUUCUGAAAAGGAGGGAGUCAUUGCACCUCCAAGAAUUGAAUUAUUUUUUGAUACUGGUGCUGUUUUAAGUCAAGUUCUCAAUCUUUCAAAUGUCCCCUGGUAUAUGCAUCUUAAAUGUGUAAAUGAUUUUCCCUAACACUAAAUUUUACAGUUAUGUACAUCUAAUCAUUGGAGAUAACUUUUAUUCUUUAUUUACUCUUAUUUUAUAAAAACACAUUAGAUCAGAUUCCAAGGCUUAGGUUACAUGUGGAAACUAUAAAAGUUCCAUGAGACAUUAUCAGUUGAAGAUAGACUGUGAGGUACCUAUCUUAAGGAAUUUCUUCUUAACACGUUGGAUGAUUUUCCUUAUUUUUCUCAAGGAUCUAUAUUAGUGGGAGAGUAUGUUUUACAUUUCAGUAAUAGUGAGUAGCAUAUAAUGAACAUGGAGUUAUCACUAUUAAUUCAUUCUCCCAAAUGAAAUGUAUUGUUUCAUUGUGGCUUAGAUCUAAAUUUCUGAGCUUGCCACUUUGUUUCUCUCUUUCUAGGGAUGUUAAGAAAUAUAAAGUAAGUGAUAUAAUUCAAAUUCUUGAGGAUCACAAUAUAUGAAUAAUGUGUAGAUUUUUUGUUGGAAUGCCUAUGUCAUUGUUAAGAUGGUGGGUUGGCUGUGUUGUGAAAGUUUCACACCUGCACCUUUUUAAGACUUCAGGUGAAAAUGUUUUAAGAAUUUGAAAGUGCUUAUAAAAGCAAAUAGGGAAAUGUUAUCGGGAUUUUAAAGAGAAAGUGCCUUUGAGUAAAAGGUAGGAAAUGGCAUAUCUAAGGCACAGCAAAAUUAUUGUAUUGAUUGAAUGCUGGUCAAGUUACCUUAGAUUUCAACUUAAUAAUGGACUCUUACACCGGACAAGAAUUUAUCGAAGAGCAAUGACUAUGGCUUUACUGGAGGCAAUUGGAAUAUUUAGUGUAAUGAAGUUUUAGUUAAUGUUAAGUUGUUCCUGAAAUAAUCACCAUCAUCAUCAUCACCUUUUCAUAGCAUUUAAUCUUUUUCUUUACAGUUUACAAAGUGAUUCACAGCCCUGACAAUAAUUUAAAGACGUCUUCUCGCAUCCUUGAGCGCUUUAGAUGGAACUGGAGGUUCAGGGAUCUUUAACUGCCUUGUCCACAGCCAUGUGGCUACCUACUAACAAAAAGUAGGGAUUAAACUCAGGACCACUUGUAAGUUUGAACCUCAUCUCCCUGUUUAAUCAUAAUGCUGGCAAAGGACGUCCAGCCGAGGAGCUGUGGGAAGUAAGUCAGAGGCUCCCAAGGCACAUUGGAGAAAUGGACAAGGAGGGGCAGAUCAUCCCAUUAACCAGAGGAAAGUCCUGAAGCUCUUGGCUUUCUAGUCAUCUUUCCAACAUAGAAUAAUUGGUAAUUGUAGCCAGGGAUGAAGGGAAUGCAGAGAAGUAUUGGCCAAGAGAGAAAGAUAAACUGGUUAGUUGUUUUUAUUGUUUAAGAGAUCCAGAGGCAAACUAUAUCGUUACAUUUUCAUCACUGCUUCUGUAAACUUCAUUACUUUCAUGGGAACUGUCUAUUUUCACUUUACUUUCCCAAAUAUCUUUAAAAAUAAUAGUAAUUUAUGUUUCAGGGCUGCUAAAAUUGUCCUCUACUUAUGGAAAGUUCUGUGGAGAGACUCUUUUCUUUCUAUAUGUUUACUAGUUCAUUGAGUGUAAUUUAGUUAGCCUUUUAAAGUAUUUAACAGUGUGAUCAUUGGUUUGGUUAAUGACAUACUGGUAAGAGGUACACAUUUUUUUUUUUUUUAAACUGCUCAGCUUG